ACAUCCUCCUUCCACUUAUAUAUGAGUACCACCAAGUACCAUUUACUACUGCAAUAAUCCUUGUAUUACUACUAAGACAGAUACCAUGCCCCGCAAAACGCCCAUAUCUAACAAACGUCGCAAAGAACAGCUCCUCGUCAGACGUGCGCUUAAGCGAGGGGACAUUUCAAUUGAGGACCACGACGCUAUUCGCACUCAGCAGAAACUCAAGACCGAGAAAAGGGGCCCUGGAGCAGUCGCUGCUAGGUCGGGAGGCCCAGUGGAUACAACCUCGCGAAAGCUGCAAUCAAAAUUCAUCGCGCUAUCAGCAGAUUACGUGGCCAGAACAAGAGACUUGGCAUACGCGUUGCCCUUACAGCGACCACUGGCCCCGGAAAGUGCAGUCUUCCCUUUAGAGAUCCUUCAAGACAGAGAUCCAAAGCGUAGACUUAGAUGUCCUUCUAGACCAAAAUUCCGGUAUGGUCAAACCAAGACAGAAGUCGAGAAGAACGAGGAGGGCGUAUUCAAAAAAUGGCUGAAGGAUAUAGAAGAGGUGGUGCAUGAAUGGGUCGAUGGAGAUGAGGAGCAAGUGUAUGUCGGAGAAUCGAUCUAUCAAGUACCCAGGGGUCCAACAUGGUUUGAGACUAACCUUGAAGUUUGGCGACAAUUCUGGCGCGUCACAGAGGCGUCUCAAAUUCUGCUUUUACUUCUUGACUCACGAUGUCCCCCACUUCAUUGCCCUCCAUCCCUCCGCACACAUUUGAAAUCGCUUGUGCCUAGUAAAGAAAUCAUAUUAGUUCUUACGAAGUCUGAUCUUGUAGACUCUAAAGCGUUGGAAGGCUGGAAGAAAUGGGUUAGAAGCUGGUGGGGCCAAGAGAGCGUCCAUAUUGUAUCCGUGAGAAGUUACGAUACUGAGCUACUACGAGAAGGCAAAGGAAGGCAUAAGCCUGAUAUCCCUCAGCAAUCUCUAGAUGAGCUCAUAUCGGCCCUGCAAGCCGCUCACGAAAGGCUCUUACACUCUCCUAAUAGAGACAAAGAUGACAAAGAGCUGGACAACUGGAAACCCCCGGUCAGAUCCUCGGUCGAUUGGGCCUCCUUGAAGGACGAAGAUCAUAUACCCGAUCCCAGAGUGGACACCGUGGAAGAAAAUAUCGGACCACAAAAUUCCGUAGGAAAGCUUCCCUCGGGGCAGGGAGAUGAGCAGAGUACACCUGAAGAAGCUAAAGCUCCCUCCACGGAGCCUCUUACUCUUGGUCUCAUCGGCCAACCUAACGUUGGCAAAUCGUCACUCCUGAAUGCCCUCCUGGGAGAGCAAAAAGUGCGGGCCAGUCGAACGCCAGGCAAGACUAAACAUUUUCAAACAAUGUUUUGGGGACCUAAAAAGGAAAUUAAGAUAGUGGAUUGCCCAGGGCUUGUGUGUCCCUCCUUAGCAGGGUUAGAAAUACAGGCUAUGGCAGGUAUCAUACCUAUCGCACAGAUACCUUCUCUUCCGUCGUGUAUUUUAUUCGCCUCGGCACAUAUGCCCAUUGAAGCCAUUUUCCGUGUGCAUCUUGAUAUUGAUGUUCAGGACGAUACCGGCGCCUUUGCAUCGAAGAAGACAUAUAGAAAUGCUGAGCAGGCGGAGAGAGCCAAACAAAGGGAAGAGGAGGAACGCAGGGGAGUUAGGUGGACUGUUGGAGGGGUACUGGAAGCAAGAGCAUUGGAUAAAGGCUUUAUGACCGCGAAAGGGGGAAGACCCGAUAUAAAUCGGGCCGCGAACGGAAUGAUGCGUGCUCUUGCGGAUGGUAAAGUGAAGUGGGGCUUUUACCCGCCUGGAAUGACUGGAAAAACAGACAUGGGAAUAUGGCUGGGAGACGAUGACCCUGAAGGAGUAGAAGAGGGAGAUACGGCAGGGGCAAGCUGGGAUGAAAGGAACGACGAUGAUGAGGGGUUUAUCAGUGAGGAGUCAGAAUUUGCUGACCAGAGGGCAAAUGAAGAGGUAGAGGCGGAAGAGGUCGAGAGCCAGCAAAGUGGAGAGGAGGCUACAAGCUCCAAUGUCAAGCAGAUUGGAGGGUUUUUCGCGGCUCUGGAAGUGAGUGAUAAUGAGGAAGAAGGAUCUGAGGAUGAAGAUAUCGGCGACGCAAACGAGUAGAAGGCUGUUGAUGCCCUAUAACCACGUAGCCUGCUGUGUAUAACAGCUAAGAUGGCAUCACUGAUGAGAUGAAAACUUUGCUCUUAAGAUCGCCCUCAUGGCUGUGGGAUGAAUUAGGGAUUUAGACCUCCUCGCUCUGCUUUUCCCAUAUGACUCAUUAGUGGAGAUUGGCUUCGCUUUAUUGGACUUCGUGACAAGGCAUUUAAGAAAAAAAAACACUCAGAAGAGAUCGAUAUCAUUUUAAGCGCAAAAUUAACCUGGUGCUGAACAACGAUGACGCGGAUAUUCACAAUCCCAUCAACCAGCCAUUGCCAACGAACAACUAAGGUGUAAUGGUUUGAGGAAACUUUGUUGUGCUGAUGAAGAUGCCGCUGUCAAACAAUUCAUGGAGAAGCAGUAGUGACAAUGAUGGUCGCAGUAGCGAAUGAGGAUGAGGGCAGUUGGGCUUGGGCAUGACAUAAUAACACAGGAGCGUUCAUUCUCUCUCUCCCCAAUGAAGGCGGACCUCGCCUGUCUGGCAUACACGCAGUGAGCGUCUUGUAAGUAACAUGCAGCGAAUAAUAUCUCUG